AUGCCAUCGGCGGAUCCGAACAUAGCCUUGCCAGGCGGUGGACCUGCAUCACUCAUCAUCCUUCAAACACACCCGCCGCUUCCUGCCUUCAGCAUCCCUCAUCGUGUGCCUGAUCCGUCAACCGACAUCUCCUCCUUCAAGCUCUCGAUCCUUCGCAUCCUCACCGGCCAGACCAAUGCACAGUCAUCCACAAAACCGCUCACCUUCUCCGAGGAAGUCAAGGAAAAGGCCAUCAACGGCUGGAAGAUGCAGAUGCUCACCCUCGAACUUCGCCAGAGGGACGAUCUCGAUGCUGAAGAGGAAGAAGAGGAUGCAACCGACUCGACCGAGAUGCGCGGCUUUGAGCUGCAAGACCAUCACGAGUGCAGCCUCAUCGAAGAAGGCGAUAUGAUUGUCGUGCGUCUCAAGCCAAAUCAUACACUGGAGGAGCUCGAGCUGCCAAAGCUGGGAUCAAAUCAUCGCUAUUCCGCACCCACCGGAUCGCUCACUCGGGCUGGAACACUCUCAGAGCCACCACCCUACUCGAUAAUCCAGCCAUCGGAGCCGUCGAGCUUCUCCUCUUCGGUUGGCGCACAGCCAAAUGCCAACUACCACCAGCAUCGAUUCCAGGACUAUCGCUCCGCUUUCCGCGUCGUCACGGCAGCCAACGUUGGAUCCGGUCGCAUACGUCGAAGCACACCGACCAACACGGCUGGUGCUGGCCCAACAAGCCUCGGAAACGGUCUCAAUUUGCUGCAGACGUCGGGCAAGGGCAGCGGAAACAAGGGCAAGCGUCGCACCUCAUCCUCUGCUGUUCCCAAGACCAGCGCCAGUCCCAAGCUCGGCUCGUCUGCAGUGUUGCCAGACGCUGCUCCAGCGACCACUUCUACCAUCACCACGGCCUCGUCCACCUCGGCAAAUCCCAGCACCGUGGCCAUCCCUGCCUCCACCAUAGAUCAGCAGCACGUCGCCUCACCGCCUACAUCGCCUCUGCUCGACUCUGGGGCUGCUACACCUCUGUCGAACACGCGCAAGACCAGCUCGUCCAUCGUCACGCUUCAAGCGGCUCAGCGGUCCACAGCACCAGCAACCUCCUCUCCCAAUCCAAGCCAGCUCGCGCCCAUGCCCGCAACGGCCCUCGUCAUCGGACCCGGUGUUCAGGGCCAAGUGGGUCGCAACCCGGCUAGCGUCAGUGCGCCCAUCGGUUCCUAUGGAGGAGCCGAGGUGAACGAGUAUGGUAAUGCGAAAGGGCUGGCCAACUUCACCUCCGCUUCUGGAUCCGAGAUCAAAACCAAGCCUCGUCGCAAGUCAUCUCGGCAGAACAGCCAGGAGGGUUCCAGCACCGCCGACGACACUCCGCGACGCAAGCCGUCCAACCCUUCAGCGGCAGCGGCGGAUGCAGCGGAACGGCGUGCUGCCUUGGCUCGUCGAGAGUCGGCGGAGGCCACACCGAAACGACCCGUUCGAGAUCGACAGGCAUCGUCCAGCAGUCGGAUCAACAAGGCGGAUCUGCCCACGCCACCUGUCUUGCCGCCCAUACAGAACCUCGCACCGUUCCCCGAGUCGCCGUCUGCACCAAUAGCCAGGAAGGAACGGGAGCUGCCGCCCAUGCCGACGGACGAGCCGGACACCAGCACGCCGAAUUUAGCCGUCAGCACGCCGACCGAAAGCAAGCCACCGAGGCUGUCGUUCCUGCGCAAGUUCAGUUCAGCGAGUCGCACCGACAGCACACCGGAUUCACCGGCGAAGGAGCGAGAGAGCAUCUGGGCUCCCGGUCUCGGCUUGAGUCGAAGCUACACGACCAGCACUCCGCCAAAGACCCCCGCGCAGGAGGUCGAGCCCCCCAUCAAGCCCGUCCAAGACGGAGACGUGUCGCACAGCAGCACCCUCAGCCGCGCAGAGCGGCGGUAUCAGGAGGUGCAAAAGGCGCUCGCGGUGGAGAGGGAGAGACAGGCAGAGGCGGAUAAGGCGCGGCUGGAGGAGAUCCGAGAGAGAAGAGAGAGAAAGGACAAGGAGAGGGAGAAGAGGGAGAGCGAGGCCAAGAAGAGGGUCGAGGAGCAGAAGUGGGAGAUGUGGGAGGAGGUGAGGAGGCGACAGAAGGGCGAGACGGGGGUGGUGCCGGCGCGGAUCGAGAGGUUGUACAGCGGUGCGACGGAUGAGGGCCAGGCUAGGCCUUCUGCGCACGCGGAGGCGAUCGAGGAUCGCACCGCACCGGCACCUGCGGCUGGAAACGGCGACAGUGUGGGACCGCGCAUCGAGCUGGGUCUGGAACGCAUUACUCGCCUACUCACCCGUCUCAAUUCGCCCCAAACCCGUUUCCCCGUGAUUCACGUCGCAGGCACCAACGGCAAAGGCAGCACCAUCGCCUACCUCGACUCGCUCCUCCGGAACGCACUCGACAUCCGCACGGGUACGUUUGUCAGCCCACACCUCGUCGAGCGGCGCGACUGCUGCAAGGUGGAUGGUGCGGUGAUUGCCAAGGAUGUAUGGCGGCAGGCGCAGUCGGACGUGCUGUUCGCGGAUCAGGGAUUGGACAUUGCGCCGACGGCGAGCGACGAUGGGCAACCGUUGAAGUGUAGUCCGUUCGAACUGCUUACUGCACAGACGUUCCAGGCGUUCUCGCUCCUGCCCGAGGGGCAAAGGCCGGGGAUCCUGCUCAUCGAGGUCGGACUUGGAGGGAGACUGGAUGCGACCAAUGUGUUUGAUAACACGCAGGUGCUAGCUAGCAUCGUGUGCCCUAUCGAUCGGGACCACGAGGCGUUCCUGGGGAGCAAGCUCGAGGGCAUCGCCCGCGAGAAGGCUGGGAUUGUCAAGCAAGACGGUCUUUGCAUCAUCGCAGAUCAACGACUGGACGACACAUCCGCCGUGGACCAGCUCGCUCUCGGUCCGUUGGACAACGAAGCCCGGUCCAUGGGUGCCCGGGCAGCAGGGAUCUUGGAUUCGAUCCGCAACGUUUGCAUGACCCGCAACGCGCGGCUGGUCAAGACGUGCAUACCGUGGAAGCUGCUCGACCUCCCCCCGACGAGGUCCGACAAAUGGGGUAGCUCCGUUGAUUUCACGCCGAGGUUGGGACCGACGCUGUUCCUGUCCACUUCCGGGCUCAAUCCGCCUUCGACGUUCGUAGCGCACCCGCACGACCCGGUGCUGUUCAGUGUGCCAGUGAGCGUCGAGCGCACGCGAGCGAAUCUGACCGGUGUAUGCAUGGCCGUUCAGACGCUCUCCUCUAUCGCGCGGGACGAAGUUCCCCAGGAUCGAUGGGAGGAGCUGCGAACGCGAAUCAUGUGGGGUCUACGGGAUGAUGCAGAGGCGAAUCUGCGGGUGCGUGAGUCGAUCGGUGCGACCCACUGGCCCGGUCGCUGUUCGUGGCACACCAUCGAUGGGAUGGACGUCCUAGUGGAUGGAGCGCAUAAUGGGGCCAGUGCCAAAGCCCUCCGCGAGUACGUGGAUAGCUGUCUGGCCGCCCGAGCGGUCAGCCAGCUCGUGGGAAGUGGAGAGAAAGGAAAGAGCAAGGGUAGGAUGCAAACCCAAUGGCAGGUGAUCUACAUCUUUGCCUUCUCCGAGGGUAAGGAUUACGAAUCCAUGGUCCGAGCGUUGUUGGAGAACCCGAGUCACCUGGUGGAGCGCCAGAAUGUGGCGCUGACCACGUUUUCUCCACCGGAAGGCAUGCCUUGGGUCCGAAGCGUCGAGCUGACAGAUGGACUGCGGACGUUGAAGGGCGUGGCGAACACGGUGGACGUGGGGGAGAUGAGGACGUUCGAGCGAGUGGAGGGCGCACUGGAGUGGGCGAAAGGAGGACAGGGACUGGUGGUUGUAGCGGGGAGCUUGUAUUUGGUCGCGGACGUGUAUCGUGGCUUGGUGGCGAGAGGGUUGUGGUCGGCCUAG